GGCUGACUGAUGGCGUUAGAAUUGAUUCCAAAUAUGUUUGAUGCUGUUGAGGUCAGGGAUCUGUGCAGGUCAGGUUAUGUUUUCCCACACUAAAAUGUAUUCUGAAUCACUUUGUGCAUGGGGGCAUUAUCACCAUCAAACACUUUUAUAGUAGAACUGGUGUGUCGUGUUGACUGAUUUUGUGUGUGUGCUGGUGUAUCAUGAGAGACUCUUAAGUAGCUUUGAAACAGCUGCUACUGUCCGUCAGCCCAGUCAGAGAGACAGAUAGCAGAGAGAGAGGAAGAGAGAGAGAGAGAGAGAUACCCGAGCUUCCAGUUAGCUAGCUAGCAUGGCGGGUGCUGUAACACGCUGUAUUAUGUCUGCAAAAACAGCCUAGUAAACUUCCAGUCGGACUACAACAUAAAACCUACCAACAGAAUUACGGACAAACCCUGGCCCCAGAUGGGAGACUGAACAGAACAGGACCAGAAUCCUUCCAGAAGCAACAUGAAACUACUAGAACAGGUCCAGGUCCUGGUCCGGGUCCUAGUAAUGUGUGUUGUUCUCACAGCCUGCCAUGGACUGCAGAGACCACCCCGCAUCAUCACUCUACUAGAGACUGUAGACGUCCUCCUGGAUCACAAUGCCACUUUCAUCUGCGAGGUCCAGUCCCGCCCUGCUGCUGAUAUCACCUGGACACGCAACAACCACCCAAUCCCUUACUAUGACAGUCGCUACGUGACCAGGGAGCAGGGUCAGAUCCUGGUCAUCCCCCACGUCCGAGACUCUGACAGCGGGGAGUACUGCUGCCUCGCCACCAACGGUGUGGGAGAGCCAGCCAUGAGCUGCGGAGCCCUCCAGCUCAAGAUGAAACCCCAGAUCAAGCGCCACCCCAACAACGUCACCCUCAUGUUGGACUCCAAGGCUGUGCUGCCCUGCGUCACCCUCGGCAACCCCAAACCCGACAUCUCCUGGAUCAAAGACGACGGUCUCAUCAAGGUCAGUGAUCGCAUCACCAUCCUGGAUUACGGAGCUCUGAAGAUCCACACCAUCCAGAGGCAGGACGCGGGUCAGUACCGCUGCGUGGCCAAGAACAGCUUCGGGAUCGCCUUCUCCAAGCCGGUCACUAUCGCAGUCCAGGCCCCGGCCAGAAUCUUGCGUGUGCCAAAGGAGCAGCGCGUGCCGUUUGGCAGUGAGGUGUCUCUGGAAUGCGACGCGACUGGAAACCCCAUCCCUACCAUCACUUGGCUUGAAAACAGCAACACGAUUUCCGAGGGCUCCGUGGAGGAGACCCUGACAGGAGAAGUGGUUCAGUCAGUGCUCCGGGUCACUGUCACCAAGCCGGCCCUGUACACCUGUCUGGCCUCCAACAGACACAGUGCCGGGGCCAACACCGUCAAGGCCACUGCCCGGGUCACCGUGGCAGAGUGGAGGUUGUAUAAGGGGGUGACAGGGUACUGCAGUGUGUACCGUGGGGAGGUCUGUCGUAGCGUGCUGCGCAGCGAAGCUCUGGUGUUUUUCAACACGUCGCUGGCCGACCCCGAAGACGCCCAGGAGUUCCUGGUCCAAAGUGCGUGGGUGGAGCUGGACGGACUGAGCGCGCUCUGUAGCCCCGCCGCUCGCUCCCUGCUCUGCCACCUCUCCUUCCAGGACUGCAACCCCUCAGGCCUCGGCCCCGCCCCCAAACCUAUCUGCAGGGAGCACUGUCUGGCAGUGAAGGAGCUGUUCUGCCAGAAGGAGUGGCUGCUGCUGGAGGGGGGGGCUCACACAGGCCUGCGCCCCCCCCUGCCCAACUGUCAGGCCCUGCCCAGCCUGCACGCCGACCCUGCUGCCUGCACACACGUGCCCUUCUUAGACAUAAAGAAAGAUCAAGUUACAACCACGUGCUAUGAUGACAGAGGCCGCUUUUAUCAGGGCGGGGUGAACGUGACCAGCUCUGGCGUCCCCUGUCAGCCUUGGAACCAGCAGAAUCCCCACCAGCACCGGCUGUCCGCGGAGGUGAUUCCAGAGCUGCGGAACGCGGGAAGCAGGUGCAGGAACCCUGGAGGGGUCAGUGAGAGACCCUGGUGUUACACCUCCAACCCAAACGUUCGUUGGGAGUACUGCAGCAUCCCCCGGUGUGGAGAGGUCUCAGCCACGGUGGUGAAGCCGGAGACCUCGUUCCCCCGUCAGACCCCACCCCUCCCCCCUCUCCCCGUCUACCCCGCCUACUCCAUGAGUGUCAUCAUCUGCCUGCUGGCGGGCGUGGCGGGCAUGGCCUUCCUCACCAUCAUCGUCCUCAUGUGUCGACGCAGGAGGAAGCUUUGGAGAAACAGGAAGAGGGCGAUGGAGGCCCCCACCCUGACCGCCCUGCCCUCGGAGCUUCUGCUGGACCGCCUCCACCCCAACCCCAUGUACCAGCGCCUCCCCCUGCUCCUGAACACCAAGCUGCUGGCCCUGGAAUACCCCCGCAACAACAUCCAGUACGUCCGAGACAUCGGAGAGGGGGCCUUCGGCCGCGUCUUCCAGGCCAGGGCCCCAGGUCUGCUGUCAGUGGAGCCCUUCACCAUGGUCGCUGUGAAGAUGUUGAAGGAAGAGGCGUCGGCUGACAUGCAGAACGAUUUCCAGAGAGAGGCAGCCCUCAUGGCCGAGUUUGACCACCCCAACAUCGUGCGACUGUUAGGUGUGUGUGCUGUGGGGAAGCCCAUGUGUCUUAUGUUUGAGUACAUGGCCCAUGGCGACCUGAAUGAGUUCCUCCGGCGACGGUCCCCCGCCCACCAACACACCCUCAGCCAAGCCAGCCUAUCGGGGCGCAGCUUUUCCUCCGAGCUGGAGGCGGGGCCUCUAGCCUGCGACGACCAGCUGUUCGUGGCCCGUCAGGUCGCCGCGGGGAUGGCCUACCUGUCGGAGCGCAAGUUCGUCCACCGCGACCUCGCCACCCGGAACUGUCUGGUUGGCCAGGAGAUGGUGGUGAAGAUCGCCGACUUUGGCCUCUCCAGGAACAUCUACUCGGCAGACUACUACAAGGCCAACGAGAACGACGCCAUCCCCAUCCGCUGGAUGCCACCGGAGUCCAUCUUCUACAACCGCUACACCAGCGAGUCUGACGUGUGGGCGUUCGGCGUGGUCCUGUGGGAGAUCUUCUCCCACGGCAUGCAGCCGUACUACGGCAUGGCCCACGAGGAGGUGAUCUACUACGUGAGGGACGGCCACAUCCUGGGCUGCCCAGACAGGUGUCCCCUGGAGCUGUACAACCUGAUGAGGCUCUGCUGGAGCAGCCAGCCCACCGACAGACCCAGCUUCAGCAGCAUCCACCGCAUCCUGGACCGCAUGCACCAGCAGACUGUCAGCCUGGCCCUGACCCCUGACGACCCCGACCCUACAUUAACCUGACCUCUGACCCCCCCCUACAUCACUCGAAACCCUGACUCCUGACCCCUGACCCUACACCAUCUUGACCCUUGUCCCCUAACAUUGACCCCCCUCAACCUUUACAGCUCACAGUUCACAUCACGUUAUAUAUUUAUCCACCUGCUGCCAGAAUGCUGGCCUUGAGAUACUCCUUAGCAUUAUUCCAAAUGGCACACUAUCACUUUAAUGUUUAUGUGUGCAGUUGAUGUUUUUUAAAGACAAGUUGGUAUUCCACUAUUUGGGCAUUGUAAUAAUGUUGACAUGUUUGUUCAGUUAUUUUAUUUCAAACUCUUUGUUUGUUUUUGGUGUAGACAUUGUAUUUAGUUAGCUAGCCUCUGCACUAAGUUAGCCAAUUAGUCUCUGCAUUUAAUAAACUAGUUAGUCCCUGCAUUUGGUUAGCUGGUAAGUAUAUACAUUUAGUCAACUAGUUAGUUCCUGCAUUUAGUUAGCUAGUUAGUCUGCAGUUAAAUACGUUUGUGUACUGGUUUGUGUUUUUUUGAAGAGUGUUGAUUUUCAAAUUAAAGAAGACUAGAACCCA